UACUCCAGAAUAGCGCGCGGUGGAGGGACAACAACACGGAGCCUUGGAGCUCUUUCUCUGGACCGUCUCGCCAAUGUUUGUUUAUUUAUGCCGAAUUUACUUGUUUCGAAAUAAGCCAGACAGGGGGGAAUUUGCGGCACAAUGUCGGCGCUAAAGGAGAACCAGUGUUACGGACUGUCCAGCAGGAAACUGAGCCCCGGUGGUAACGUAACCGUUUUUCAUGUAAAACUCACUGACAGCGCGGCAAGAGCCAUUGGUACCUUUCAAAAUAACAAGGGCUGGUCCUCCCAUCCUACCAUCCAUUUUGAUGGAAAUCAAGGGAGAAUCACUAUCCCCUGCUCGGAGAAUAAAGGUGAAGUGAGGAUAUUCACCUUUGGCGUGACUGAUGUUUCCCGCGACAAUCCACAUGGCAGCUUUGACUGCGUCAAACAGCUCAGCACGGGUGCUGCUGAGGAGCUGUCAUGUCUCGGGGUGAUUCAGAAGAAGAUGACAGUCAACGCUACGGAUGACUCGUACGAUAAGGCUCGUCAGAGCAUGGCCCAAGCUGAGGAAGAGACGCGCAGUCGAGCAGCCAUUGUCAUAAAAAAUGGAGGGCGUUACCAGGGUAAGAAAGUAACUGUGCGACCUCCAGCCCCUGCUCUGGCUAAACUGACCAAACCCAAACAGUCAUCCCACUCCCUUCUCAGCAACAUAAAGAGGGGUCUCGGCAUGUCAAAGCCAAAGAAGGGUCCUUGUCCAUCAAACAGGAAGAGUGUGGAUGAAGUGCAAACAAGGCCUGUCAAGGAGAGAGUAAUGCACCUGCUGGCUUUGAGGCCAUACAGAAGGCCUGAGCUGAUCCUAAGGCUGCAGAGAGAUGGACUGACGGAAGAAAAUAAAGAUAUGUUGGAUUCUUUAUUGAUGGAGGUUGGCCAGUUCAGCGAUAGAGACAGCACAUUUGUUCUAAAGGACGGUCUGUAUAAGGAGCUGCAGAAGGACUGGCCAGGCUACACCUCCGGGGAUCAGCAGCUUCUUAAACGUAUUCUUGUCAGGAGACUGUUUCAACCACAACAUAACCUCCUCACCGUCCCUGAGGCCCAGGUCAGCCCACUUCGAGAAACUCCCAACUCCUCACCAGCACACCGUCCAAAACACUCCCUACCUGAGGAAUACACUGACCCUCUGGCCAGCAAGAAGCCCAGGAUAUCCCACUUGUCAAGCCGAACAGCCAGUGACAAGUUGAGACAGAAGCCAUUUAAACAAGCAGCUCAUAAAGACACAGAAGUGAGAUCAGAUGGACAAAGAAACUGUCUCGAUCCAAAAAAGCUUUUUGAAUCCCUGUCAGAAGUUUGUCAGCAGGAAGCAGAUGUGGCCAAAAGAUUACAGCCAAGUGAUGCAGCUCAAGUUGUACCUAAAGACCCAGAAGACGACUGUAAACCUAACUCCGAUUGUCCCCCAUCCCCUCUGGUUGUACCCAGUCUGAGUAGACGAACAACCAAAAGAAGGAAGAGCAAACACAAACACAGAGAGCAUGAAAAGGAUGGAUGGAGAGACAGGAAAGAAAGGAGAAAAGAUUUGAGUUCAGAAGAUGCAGACAAAGUCUCCCUGAACUGCACAGAGCCGAGUGAAAGUUUAUUUGACUCUAAUGUGUCUCAGGUGGACACUGACACAAAGGAUUAUUUAUCGAAGUACACGGCGAUUUGCAGCCCCACCCAGAGACAGAGUUACAAGCAGGAUUUCAACAAGGAGUACACAGAGUACAGAGAUUUACAUGCUCGCAUCGACUGCAUGACACGACAGUUCAUGGAGCUGGAUACGCAACUCAAACAACUUCACCACGAUUCACAUAAAUACAAGACGGUUCACAAUAAAAUUCUUCAAGAGUACUGCAAGAUUAAAAAGUCCAACCCUAACUACAAUCAGGACAAAGUACGGUGUGAAUAUCUACACAACAAACUGGCUCACAUCAAGAAGCUCAUAUCGGACUUUGACCAGCAACAGCUCACUGGGAACCACUGCGGUCCCAAAUUAAGGGACCUGGUUUGAUUUGAGUAUUAGGAACGCCCUGAAGCAAAGUAGCUUCCUGCUGAGCUCAGUGCCAUCAACUUCAUGACUAAAUGUAGUCUCAAAAUACCUGCUGAAGUACCAGUGAGGGUUUGUAGUCAUUUAUGAAACUGAGUGACCGUGUGUUGAGAUGAAGGGAAGCUGCCCUUCAAUUCGAGACCUAAUCUGAGAUGAUGAGAAGUAAUUUUUUUUUUCAGGCUGGUUUUUACUAAAGGGCUGAUACUACAGAAACAUACUGCUACUUGCACCAGGAAUAACUAUAGUUCUGCAAAAGCUCUUACAACUUGAAACAGAUGUGGAGAUGAGGUGCUAUGCCUGAAAGCAUUUGUAGAUUAUCAUCCCACAUUGUAGUUUUUUUUAGUGAAGUAAAUCAGUUUGCUUGUCUUCUGUUUGCCAUGUCAGUGUUUAUGUUUUGAGCUGAAAGCAUGAGAAAAGCUGCACGCUGUACAUAUUCACAAAGACCAUAUGAAUAGCAAACAAGGGUUUCUUCUGACGGCAGCUUAGAUGAAAAUGUGUCCUGAGAAGACAUCUGUAUUUAAGUAUUUGAGUUUUGUAAAAUUAUCAGUUUUGUUGACCAUCUGUUAACCUGAGUAUUUCCAGUUCCUCAAUCUGCACUGGGUUCAUAGUAUUUCACUGGUAUUAUCCUUCUGAUGGGUUUCCUGGAUCACAGUUGACUGUUAUGAUAAACACGUUACCUUUAAGUGUAUUCAGGGAAUGUAAAAUAUGAGCCUCAGUAAAAGUGUGAAUUGAAACCUGUUUUAUAUUCCAGAAGAACAAAUUUCUAGUCAUUGUCACUGUAGGCUGGAUCUGUUAAAAAAGAAACCAAAAGAAAAGAAAAAAAACAUGCAUGUGUUGUAUGUUACAGAAUGCAUGAUAAAUAAAUCAAGAUUGUGGUUGAGUUUCAAAUAAAUUCAU